AGCUAACUCUGAGCUGUGGCCUUCUACAUCUGGCCCUGGGGGCCCCCGAGAACCCUGAGUGCAGCACAAAUUCUCUUUUCCCGAGACAACAUCAAGCAGCAAGGACAGGGGAGGUCCCCCGGAACCCGGCCCAGGGGCUGGAGAGAGAUUUGGGGCCUUCCCCCCGCCCCCUCCCUGGGGGAGGGGCCAGGUCUCAUCCACCACCUGGACUGGAGCUGUCAGAGGCCAGGCCAGAGGACAGCAGACCCGGGAGUGUGAGGCUGGGAGUGGCCCCAGCAGAUUCUGUGAGGCCGGCGGCACAGGAAAGGAACGAAGCCAGGAGCGCCUCAAAGUCCAGCGGAGUGGUGAGCGACUCUAACAGAGGAGCGUGGUGCUGGCAGCGAUGGGGCCUGGAACUUCAGGAAGUGGGGUCAGGACAGUGACAGCUCCACGCUCAGCGCUGGGCUCCGGAGUCAGCCUGCAUGCCUAUGACAUAGGGGUCCUGGUCGUCUACUUUGUCUUUGUCAUUGGCGUGGGGAUCUGGUCGUCCAUUCGCGCAAGCCGAGGGACCAUCGGUGGCUAUUUCCUGGCGGGGAGGUCCAUGACCUGGUGGCCGAUUGGAGCCUCUCUGAUGUCCAGCAAUGUGGGCAGUGGCUUGUUCAUCGGCCUGGCUGGGACAGGAGCUGCCGGAGGCCUUGCUGUUGGGGGCUUCGAAUGGAAUGCAACCUGGCUCCUUCUGGCCCUGGGCUGGAUCUUUGUCCCCGUGUACAUUGCUGCUGGUGUGGUCACAAUGCCACAGUACCUGAAGAAGCGAUUCGGGGGCCAGAGGAUCCAGGUGUACAUGUCUGUCCUGUCUCUCAUCCUCUACAUCUUCACCAAGAUUUCAACUGACAUCUUCUCUGGAGCCCUGUUCAUCCAGAUAGCCUUGGGCUGGAACCUAUACCUCUCCACAGUGAUGCUUCUGGUGGUGACAGCUGUCUACACCAUUGCAGGGGGUCUCACGGCCGUGAUCUACACAGAUGCUCUGCAGACGGUGAUCAUGGUGGGGGGCGCCCUGGUCCUCAUGUUUCUAGGCUUUCAGGAGGUGGGCUGGUACCCAGGCCUGGAGCAACGGUACAGACAGGCCAUCCCUAAUGCCACAGUCCCCAAUACCACCUGCCAUCUCCCCCGAUCUGAUGCCUUCCACAUGCUCCGGGACCCUGUGAACGGGGACAUUCCUUGGCCAGGCCUCAUUUUUGGGCUCACGGUGCUGGCCACCUGGUGCUGGUGCACGGACCAGGUCAUUGUGCAGAGGUCUCUGUCUGCCAAGAAUCUGUCCCACGCUAAGGGAGGCUCGGUGCUGGGGGGCUACCUGAAGAUCCUGCCCAUGUUCUUCAUCGUCAUGCCUGGCAUGAUCAGCCGGGCCCUGUACCCAGAUGAGGUGGGAUGUGUAGACCCUGACAUCUGCCAAAGCAUCUGUGGGGCCCGUGUGGGGUGUUCCAACAUCGCCUACCCCAAGCUGGUCGUAGCCCUCAUGCCUGUUGGUCUGCGGGGCCUGAUGAUCGCCGUGAUCCUGGCCGCCCUCAUGAGCUCACUCACCUCCAUCUUCAACAGCAGCAGCACCUUGUUUGCCAUCGACGUGUGGCAGCGCUUCCGGAAGAAGGCCACAGAGCAGGAGCUGAUGGUGGUGGGCAGACUGUUUGUGGUGUUCCUGGUUGUCAUCAGCAUCCUCUGGAUCCCCAUCAUCCAAAGCUCCAACAGCGGGCAGCUCUUCGACUACAUCCAGUCUGUCACCAGCUACCUGGCCCCGCCUAUCACUGCCCUCUUCCUGCUGGCCAUCUUCUGCAAGAGGGUCACAGAGCCUGGAGCCUUCUGGGGCCUCAUGUUUGGCCUGGCAGUGGGGCUUCUGCGCAUGAUCCUGGAGUUCUCAUACCCAGCCCCAGCCUGCGGGGAGGUGGACCGGAGGCCGGCCGUGCUGAAGGACUUCCACUACCUCUACUUUGCACUCCUGCUCUGUGGGCUCACUGCCAUCGUCAUCGUCACUGUCAGUCUCUGUACCACCCCCAUCCCUGAGGAGAAGGCAAGUGGAGUGCUUGUUCUGGGGCCCCACGAAAUGUUCUCCCUACCCCCAGUGUCUGAAAUUCUACCCCCAAGUUUUACUCCAUUGGGUUGUCUCCUCUGCAGCCACACAGAGUCCUUGGGAGGAGGAGCUCAUUGGGUUAGUAAUUCCCAUGUGAAAAGUAAUUCAUUCAAUGGGAAAUUUACUCAAUGAGCACCUACUGUGUGCCGGGCUCUGUGCUAGGGUUACCAAGAUGAAUGGGGCCUGCCAGCAAGUGUCGGGGACAGGCACCAGCACACGCAGUUACUCUACCACAAGAGAGUGAAGAAGGACCAAGCUCACAGGGAGGGGCCGAGGACAGGAGGCGCUGUCACCCCUGGGGGUUGCAUCGGGUUCCCUGACAAGGUCACUUUGAGCUGGCCCUAGAAGAAAGAGCAGGGAUUCAUUGGCCAGUUGAGACACAGGUAAAUGAGGGGAGUCCACCAGAGCGAGUCCUCACCACUCCUGUGCUCACAGAUUUGCCAGUCUUCAGACUUUGAAGGUGUCCUUUGAAACCUUUCUUCAUUAGAGCAAAAGAGUAUUGGCUCCGGCUGCCAUGACACGAAACCACAAUCUGGGGGGGUGAAACAACAGAAAUGUAUGUCCUCACAGUUCUGGAGGUGAGAAGUCUGAGGUCAAGGUGUCUGUAGGGCUGUUUGCUCUGAGGUCCCUUGUCCUUGGCUUGCGGAUGCCUGCCUUCUCCUCUCUGUCCUCACCCUCUCUUUCCUUGUGCCCGUCUGUGCCCUCGUCUCCCCUUCUUUUGUUUUUAAAGUUUAUUUAUCAUUUUGAGAAAGAGAGAGAGAGCACAAGCAGGGGUGGGGCAGAGAGAGAGAGGAAGAGACAGAGAAUCCCAAGCAGACUCCCCACCAUCAGCACAGAGUCCUAUGUGGGGCUCGAACUCACAAACUGCAAGAUCAUGACCUGAGCUGAAACCAAGAGUGGGACAGUUAACUGAGCCACCCAGACACGCCCCCUAGUCUCCCCUUCUUAUAGGGACACCAGUCAUGUUGGAUUAGGGCCACUCUAUUGUCUUCAUUUAACCUUAAUUACCUCUUUAAAGGCCUUCUCUCCAUGUAUAGUCACAUUCUGAAGUCCUGUGGGUUAGGACUUUAACAUAUAAAUUUGAAGGAGGGACACAAUUCAGCCCAAAAAUAACAGAGCCCAUGCCAGAAGUUAGUCCCUGAAACAUUGGGUGGAACUUAUGAAUAACACCUCUGGCCUGUAUGGUGCUUUAGAGUUUGCAAAACGACUUUAUACCCUUGGUACCAUUAAUUCCUACCGAGGAGCCAAGAGAGACCAAUUUCUCUGGUGGCUCACUCCAGAAAUGGUCUCUCUUCACUGCCUGAAUCUUCAACUUCUUCUCCAUUGUCUGCUCUCUCAGCCCCACACUGAGAUGUCUCACACUUGAAAAUCCCCUCCCUUCCCUAAUUACGGCUGCCUCCCCUGCCCCCCGCCCUGCUCCUCACCAGGACACCGUGCAGAGGGGUCUCCCCCCCAGCCUUACUUUCCACUUCUUGUAUACGUCUCAUCCAGUCUGGUGUCCCACCUUCCCACUGCAGCUGCUCUCGCCAAGACCCCAAUAACCUUCUUGUUGCAGAAAGUACUGGUCACGUCCUCAUCUUCAUCCUCAGUGAGCUCUGGGAACCAGACACCGCUGACCACCCCCUGCCUCCUGAAGGGCUCUCUUCCGUUCACUUCCGUGACAUAUUCCUCUCCAGUAUUGUCUUUCCACCCUCUGCUCUUCUGCCUUCUCUGUGGUCUUAAAUGUCAGGGUUCCUUAGGAACCCAAAUAUGGCCUAUAACCCUUCUCCCCACACUGUCUCUGAGUUAUCUUAUCUGUGUCCGUGGAUUCAACCACCCUCUACAUGAAGACAAAACUCAAUUCUCUGUCGCUAGCCAAAGAUUCAAACCCCAAAUC